AAAAUGGGCAUUUGGGUGAUUAUUUUCACUAGAAAGACGGUGAUGUUGUUCACCGCCUCGGCUUGAGCCUGUCGCGAUGGCUCGCUAUCUUGUACUGAAUCCCGACGGCGUUAAUGUGUUGAGAGUGUACUGUGAGCCAUGGACGACCUUGAACUAUGACGUUGAGCGAUAGUCAUCACAUCCCAUCAGCCACACUUAUAUAUCAACACAUUCUCUUUAGCCUCACUCAAUCAAUUCUCUCCGUAGCGGGAAUCAUUGAAUUUUCUAUAGCCAACCACAGUUCUGCGCUUUCAUUCUACACGCAAAGAACCACCUUUCCACACUCAACAUGGUUGAAAAGGUACUCCAACUCAAAUGCAGCUGCAAUACGUACGGAUGGGGAAAACAGGGCUCCAAGUCCCUCGCAGCAUCAUUAUGCUCGAAGACUCCGGGAACAGACUUCAAGAUCGACGAGAGCUCCCCAUAUGCUGAAAUGUGGAUGGGAACUUAUCCCGAGCUCCCCUCAUACGUCCUAAAGACUGGCGAGGACCUGCAAGAUGUACUAGACAAGCAUCCGAAAGAACUCAUAGGCUCCAACGUCAUCAACAAGUUCAAUCAUACGAAGCUCCCCUAUCUCCCAAAAGUGCUCAGCAUUGCAAAAGCGCUACCACUUCAACUGCACCCGAACAAAGAACUAGCAACUAAACUCCACGCCGAGGACCCUCAGAACUUCACGGACCCGAAUCACAAACCCGAAAUUGCCCUUGCCCUCGGCGACUUCGAAGCCUUCUGCGGCUUCAAGCCUCUCUCCACCAUCCACCAGCUUCUUCAACUGGAUCCCCUUAAGCAGUUUCUUCCCGAUCCCCAAAGCAAAGAGUUCAACGACAAGACUUUGAAAGAAGUCGUCAGGACCAUGCUCAAAGCAUCCCCAGAAACCAUCAAAAAGGUCAACGCCGCCCUCCUCAAGCUCCCUGAACCCUCAUUCGGAAAGGACUCCUAUAUCCCCAAACUGAUCCCCCGUCUCGCAGAGCAGUAUGACGAGAGCGACAACGGCAUCGUCGUAGCCCUGAUCACGAUGAACUACCUCCAACUCAAGGCCGGAGAUAGCUUAUACAUCCCCGCAGACGGCAUCCACGCUUACCUUUCCGGCGACAUCAUCGAGUGCAUGGCCCGGUCAGACAAUGUCCUCAACACGGGUUUCUGUCCACGUGCGAACCGAAACAGUGUAGACCUGUUCUGCGAGGUGCUCACCUUCUCACCACAUGAUCCCAAGGAGGCCAUGUUGCCAAGUACACCAUUCGAACGGAGCAAGAACGGUAAGACGAGGGUGUAUGCGCCACCGCUGAGCGAGUUCAAUAUGUUGGCUACGGAACUGAAGGAUGGCGAAAGCGAGGUUAUUGCAGCUAUUGAUGGGCCGAGUAUAAUGAUCGUUACAGAAGGACAGGGCUCGAUGAAGGUAGAUGGAAAAGACUAUGAGCUCAGCGAAGGAUAUAUUUUCUUCGUCGGACAAGGCGUCGAGCGCGAAUUCCACGCGAAGAAGGGCUUGAAGAUCUUCACAGCUUAUGCUGAAUAGUGGUACUUUGACCCGGCAGAAGGUAUGCAUUCUGUGUUGAGGUGCACUCAACAUACAUUGUACGUUAGCCCUAACAAUGUAUGUUCUUAUAAUCUUUCCCAUGUUCACGGCUGUUGGCUGUACAAUACACAUGCGUGUCGAGCUCUACUUCCCUUGUUAUUGAAGGAUUUGCAACUCAAGCCCGUGACCCAUAAGUAUCUGCUCCUCUCCAGGCAAAGAGAUGUUUAACUGGGAUGCGAGCGAG